CAACAGCUAGAUUUCCAUCUGGCUUAUUACUAUAAUGAAAAGAGAACAUAUUUUUGUUUUUAACCAUGGCUUCUCAAGAAGAGGUACUGGAGACAAAUCCCAAUACUGCAAAUCUUGAAAUCACCUCUGUUACAGAAGACAAAUUGCCAGUACCUGAAGUUAAUUUUUUCUACAAAAGAUUUCUCAGCAUACAACAAGCAAAAGUAGAUCCCAGUGCAAGUGAACACGGUGCUAUCCAGCCACCUUUGAAGUGCCAUGUUUUAGUCUCACUAAGGUUUCUUCCAUUUAUCCUGGUUUUGUUACUUGUAGUAAUCCUAGCAGUUGCUAUUGGUCUGGGUGUCCAGUACAACUGCAUUGGGAAGUUUCGAUGCAGAUCGUCCUUAAAGUGUAUCCAGAAAGCAGCGAGGUGUGAUGGUGUCUUUAACUGUAAAGGAGGAGAGGACGAGUACAGUUGUGUCAGGCUGAGUGGAAAGAAAGCAGUGCUUCAGGUGUUUACUUUUGGUUCCUGGAGGACCGUCUGCUCAGAUGACUGGAAGGAGGAGAAGGGAAAUGCUACAUGUAAACGCUUAGGUUUCUCUAGUUAUGUGAGUUCAGGUUAUCUGCCUGCAGCUGCAAUUGAAGAAGAGUUCCAAAGACAUUUUGUUUCUGCCAGUCAUUGGUUAUCAGCAGAUCAAGUGACAUCCUUACACAAUGCAUCACACUUAAGAGAAGAGUGCACUUCAGGCAACAUAAUCACCCUAAAAUGUUUGGAGUGUGGUACUAGGUCCAGGUUCUCCUCCCGCAUAGUUGGUGGAAAUGCAUCAUCACCCAAGCAAUGGCCAUGGCAGGUCAGCCUUCAGUUUGAAGGAUUCCAUCUGUGUGGGGGAUCCAUCAUCACCCCACGGUGGAUUAUCACAGCAGCCCACUGUGUUUAUGAUUUGUACUUGCCUAGCUCCUGGAGAGUGCAGGUGGGUUUUGUGACUCAACAAGACACUUCAGCUAAUCCAUAUGCAGUGGAAAAAAUUGUAUACCAUAGAAGUUAUAAACCCAAAACAAUGGGGAAUGACAUAGCACUGAUGAAGCUGGCAGCACCACUUGCUCUCAAUGGCCUGAUAGAACCAAUUUGUCUGCCUAAUUUUGGUGAACAUUUUCCAGAAGGGAAAAUGUGCUGGAUAUCAGGAUGGGGAGCUACAGCAGAAGGAGGUGAUACAUCAGAGACCAUGAAUUUUGCUGGUGUUCCUUUGAUUUCUAAUAAGGUUUGCAACCACAGGGACAUCUAUGGGGGAAUCAUAACUUCUUCAAUGCUCUGUGCAGGUUAUUUAAAGGGAGGUGUGGACACCUGCCAGGGAGAUAGCGGGGGACCCUUAGCAUGCAAAGAUAUGAACACCUGGAAACUGGUAGGAACUACCAGCUUUGGGAUGGGCUGUGCAGAAGUAAAUAAACCAGGAGUCUACAGUCGUACCACCUCAUUUCUUGACUGGAUACAUGAACAAAUGGAGAGAGAAGAACUGUGAAUCUGAAGAUAGCAUUGAUUCACUGAACUUUUGAAACUGGAUUCAAAUUCCUGCUCCACAGAAUCAUGUACCCCAUCCCAUGGACUCUUAGGCUGUGUUUUAUAUUAACAGCAAUUACUUUCUAUCAUCUCUUCACUCAAACUCAUAACUUACUGUAUGUAAUGAAAAGAGCAAUGGUCGUUUCUGGUUUCAUUCAGCCCCUUUCAGAGGUAAAAGCAAGGAGGAUUCACGAUGAUGUGUAUGUAUGUGUUUUGGCACCUAUACAUCUCAUGUAAAGAAAAAGCUGCAAGAAAACUGAUAAUAGAGUGCUAUAUUGACUUGGGUGAUACUAGCUAAAGAUUAUAGAGGAGGAAAUUUAAAAUAGUGACUGUUUUUAUACUUUCUU